UAUCGCGUGUCAAUAAUCACAAGACUUGUCAGGUGUAGCCAAAAAAACACGAUUGGGGUUUAGUGUGGUUUUUUCGUGAAAAAGUGCACCGUUUUGUGUGAAAAUGUCUUCGGCGCAAGUUCCCGCAGGGGCCGACCCUAAAAUCAAAGAAAUUAUCACUUCGCUGGAUGACGAAAAAAUAGACAUGCUGGCGGCGACAAGUGUCUUGCAGCAGCGAGCCACCGACAUCCGGGCCCAAAAAGUCAACUGGCAGUCCUAUUUCCAGUCGCAGAUGAUAUCGCAGGACGACUACAAAUUCAUCGCAGCGUUCGACGUGUCCGACAGCGCAAAACGCGAGAAAUUACUCCAAACCGAUCGCUUGCAAUGCGCCCAAACCUUCCUCAACCUCUUGGGACACGUCUCCAAGGACCAGACAUUGCAAUACAUUCUCGUCCUCAUCGACGACAUGCUGCAGGAGGACCGCACCCGCGUCGAAAUCUUCCACGAAUACGCCAGCAAGAAGAAGGAGUCGGUUUGGGGCCCCUUUUUGAACCUGCUCAACCGCCAAGACGGCUUCAUCACGAACAUGACGUCGAGAAUCAUCGCGAAAAUUGCCUGUUGGUCGCAGACGCCCAUGGAACGCUCCGAUUUGCACUUUUAUCUCACGUGGCUCAAAGACCAGCUCAAAAUGCAGUACGAUGAUUUAGCCGCACAAUUGGCCAAAUCGGAUGCAACAAGGGGGCCGAGUGGUGAACACGCCACUGAAACUUACACCGAAGUUUCGUUCGACGAACAACAAACACCUACCGAAAUUACGAACAACGAAUACAUCCAGUCGGUGGGUCGUUGUCUCCAAAUGAUGCUCCGUAUCGACGAAUACCGCUUCGCUUUCGUCUCUGUGGACGGUAUUUCGACCCUUUUGUCGGUGCUUUCCGGUCGUGUCAACUUCCAAGUGCAAUACCAGCUGAUUUUCUGUCUUUGGGUGUUGACUUUCAAUCCAUUAUUGGCCGAAAAGAUGAACAAAUUCAAUGUGAUUCCAAUUUUGGCGGAUAUUUUGAGCGAUUCGGUGAAAGAAAAGGUGACUCGUAUUAUUUUAGCCGUUUUUCGUAAUUUGAUCGAGAAGCCAGAGGAUUCGCAAGUGGCCAAAGAGCACUGUAUUGCGAUGGUGCAAUGCAAGGUGUUGAAACAGUUGAAUAUCUUCGAGCAGAGGAAGUUUGAUGAUGAGGAUGUGACCGGCGAUGUGGAGUUUUUGACCGAGAAGUUGCAAAGUUCCGUUCAAGACUUGAGUUCGUUUGAUGAGUAUGCAACUGAGGUCAAGUCGGGGAGAUUGGAAUGGUCUCCAGUGCACAAGAGUAAAUUUUGGCGCGAAAAUGCCCAAAGACUCAACGAGAAGAAUUACGAAUUGUUGAGGAUUUUGAUUCAUUUAUUGGAGACGAGUAAAGAUCCCUUGGUUUUGAGUGUCGCCAGUUAUGAUAUCGGGGAGUACGUCAGGCAUUAUCCUAGAGGAAAACAUGUUAUUGAACAAUUGGGGGGGAAACAACUAGUGAUGCAAUUGUUGGCCCAUGAAGACCCCAAUGUUCGCUAUGAGGCGUUGUUAGCCGUCCAAAAACUGAUGGUUCACAAUUGGGAGUAUUUGGGGAAACAGCUGGAGAAGGAACAGAGUGAUAAAACGGCCCCAAAAGGGGGCUCCCAAGUCGCGGGAAAAGCCUAAAUUGUUAUUGUCUACCUACAUUUAUUAAAUUUCAAGUAUUUUAUUGUAUAUAUCAUUAGAAGAACAUUCCGGUUGGAAGAAUGUCAGGUGUUAAAUAUUAGAUUUGUUUUAUUGUAAAUAAAUGAGUAGUAUAUAAAAUGUUACUUCUGGAUCAGGA